CGAAAUAAAAUGGCUUUUAAUUUUUCAGAGCAGGAUUUCUCCUGUCCUGUGUGCAUGGACGUGUUCAACAAUCCCGUUGUUCUUCUCUGCAGUCACAGUGUGUGUAAAGUGUGUUUGCAGCAGUACUGGGCGACCAACGGAUCCAGAGAAUGUCCAGUUUGUAGGACGAUAUGGGCGUAUAUGGAGGACCCUCCCAUAAACCUGGCUUUAAAGAACCUGUGUGAGACUUUCUUACAGGAGAGAAGUCAGAGAUCUUCAACAGCAUCUCAAACAGUGUGCAGUCUGCACAGUGAGAAACUCAGACUCUUCUGUGUGGAAGAUGAGCAGCCAGUGUGUGUGGUGUGUCGAGAUUCAAGAAAACACAACAACCACAAAUUCUGCCCCAUCGAUGAGGCGGUAACAGACUGUAAGAGGGAGCUCACAGUUCCUCUGAUGCGCCUACAGAACGAACUGAAAAUCUUUAAAGACUGUACACAGAACUGGAGUCAGACUGCAGAACAUAUAACGGUUCAGGCCCAACAAACAGAGCGUCAGAUUAAAACAGAGUUUGAGAAGCUUCACCAGUUCCUACGAGAUGAAGAGGCAGUCAGGAUCGCAGCACUGAGAGAGGAAGAGGAGCAGAAGAGUCAGAUGAUGAGGGAGAAGAUUGAGAAGCUGAGCAGAGACAUAUUAUAUCUUUCAGACACAAUCAGAACCAUAAAAGAGGCGAUGAGAGCUGAAGACGUCUCGUUCUUACAAAACUACAAGGCCACAAAGAAAAGAGCCCAGUGUACACUGCAGCAUCCAGAGGAGACUUCAGGAGCAAUGAUCCAUGUGGCAAAACAUCUGGCCAACCUGCAGUUCAGAGUCUGGGAGAAGAUGCAGCACAUAGUCCAAUACACACCUGUAACUCUGGACCCCAACACUGCUCAUCCUAGACUCACUGUAUCUGAUGAUCUGACCAGUGUGAGACACAUUGAUGAGAAACAAAACCUUCCUGAUAAUCCAGAAAGAUUUGAUAAAUGUGAAUGUAUCUUGGGCGCUGAGGGCUUUAACUCAGGGACACACUGCUGGGAUGUUGAAGUUGGAGACUGUUCAAGGUGGGAAGUUGGUGUGAUGAUAGAAUCUGUUCAGAGGAAGGAGAAUGCAUUCUUUAGAGGAUUAUUAAAUUUUUUAUCUACAUUAUUUAAUACGAGUUAUAGGGGGAUCUAUUGUGUGAGGUAUCAUGAUGGCAAAUACAGUGCACAUUUUACACAAAAGCCAGUGACCCGGCUUCCAUUAACACAGAAACUCCGGAGGAUCAGAGUGACGUUGGAUUGGAACAGAGGAAAACUAUCAUUUUCCAACCCUCUCACUAACACACACAUACACACUUUCACACACACAUUUACAGAAAAAUUAGUGCCAUUUUUAGGAGUUACUGGUAACGAAUCACCACUACAGAUCCUUCCACUUCCGUGCUCUAUGAGAGUGAAUCAGAUCCGUUAGAGAUAAUAUUGUGUUGUUCAUUAAUGAAACAUUGCAAAGUCAUAUAGAAUAAAUCUA